AUGUCCGACGCCCAAGAAGUCACUAUCGAUGAUGUCGAACUUGAAGCUCAAGGCUACGAGCGCGAGAUGCCCAGGCAGUUCUCUUUGUUCUCGCUCAUGGCCUUGUCGUAUGCACUUCUAGCUACCUGGAACGGGUUUGGGAGCGCCAUGGGAAUAGGGCUGAACGAAGCCGGCGCUGCAGGGACCAUCUACUCGCUCAUCAUCGCAGCGGUUUUGACGGGGACCAUUGCAGUAGGCAUGGCAGAACUUGCGUCGGCCUACCCUACUGCUGGCGCGCAGUAUUACUGGUCUUUCAUGGUGUCCUCUCCUGAGUGGGCACCGUUCGCAUCGUACCUGUCCGCGUCCGUGAGCACACUGGGCUGGUGGCUCGGUCUGGGGAGCGUUUGUCAAUUCAUUGCCGCCAUGAUCCUCGGUAUGGUCAAGCUUUGCCACGAUGACUACGUCGUCGAGGACUGGCACACAUGGCUGUGUUAUGUCGGCGUCAUCUGGACUGCGUGCACUUUGGUCAUUGUCGGAUCUCGCAUCCUGCCUGCUUUCAACAGCUUUAUGAUGUACUUUUCUUUUGUUGCGCUGAUCGCCACGUUCGUCACCAUCCUCGCAUGUGCUGCUCCAAACUAUCAGUCGGGAGCCUGGGUCUUCUCAACGACCACAAAUGCCACGGGCUGGAAGAGCGACGGGUUCGCGUUCGUCCUCGCCAUUCUAAAUGCCCUCUAUGGGUUCUUGGGCGUGGAUUCAGGUGCCCACAUGUGUGAGGAGAUCCCAAAUCCCACCGUCAAUGUGCCCAAGGUCAUUGUCUAUCCAGUCAUCAUUGGCUUUGUUUCCACGUUGCCUUUCUCGAUUGGGUGCAUGUAUGUGAUUACGGACCUAGACGCAGUAUUGAACACCGACACUGGACUUCCGUUGAUGGAGCUCUACUACCAGGCGACGGGAAGUAAGGCGGCAACGGUUGUCCUGAUGAGUGCAUUUGCAGUGUGCAUGUUCGGAGCUGCGUGUGCCAACAUCACAAGUUCCAGCAGGCAGAUGUGGGCCGCGUCAAGGGACAACUGCUAUCCCUUUUCCAAAUACUGGAAGCAGAUCCAUCCCAAGUGGCACAUGCCUCGAAACGUGGUGUGCUUGACAGGUACAUUGGUGUCGCUGUACGGCCUGAUAUUUCUGGGCUCGUCCACCGUGUUCUCCUCAAUGGUAGGCGCGUGCAUCGUCUUCAUGACCACGUCAUACGUCAUACCACAAGGCAUACUGGCAUGGAGAGGGAGAAAAAAGAUACUGCCGGAGAGACCGUUAAAUCUGGGAGGAUGGGGUCUGCCUGUGAAUGUGCUUGCUUGUGCGUGGGUCGUUGGCAUCGACGUUCUCUUCUGCUUCCCUCCCGUGAUGCCGGUGACGAAGAACAACAUGAAUUGGAUCAGUGUCGUCACCGUCGGGCUCUGCUCGUAUAUCUUCAUAGCCUGGCAUGUUUCCCAAAAGAAGGUCUUCAAGGGUCCUAGAGUUGAUCUCCCGCGAUUGCGAAGACUCCGCGAAGAGACCCGCCGCCAUAAGACGGUCGUGUCAAUCGAAGGUGCUUCAAUUGACGAGGUGCCAGUUGAACGAUCGCCCGGCAAGGUGUCAGGUACGAAAGAGGCAUGA